UUUUCAUAUGAAAUGCCGAAUGUGCAGCAAAGAGUUUGUAUUAAAAUCUUCCGAGUAUUCGGCAAAUAAAAUGGAUGUGAAUGAGGAAAUUGUGGCCGGUAUUAUGAGUAUUGGUGCCGGAGUUACACAGCUAAAUACGGUUCUUUGUCAUAUAAAUAUACCACCUAUGUCAGUACGAUUGUAUCAAGGCAAACAUGAUAUAAUUUGUGGAUGGUGGCACAAAACUGCACAGCACUGUAUGGCAGAAGCUGGUAAGGAAGAGAAGAAUCAUGCUCUAUCUAUCGGAAGCGUAAAUGAAAGUGGAAUACCAAUGAUACCUGUAUCGGGUGAUGCAUGUUGGUCCAAACGUUCGUAUGGAACGAAUUACAGUGCGACUUCUGGAGUUGGUGCUAUUGUAGGAUUAUUUUCUAAGAAAGUUCUUUACUAUGGAGUAAAAAACAAGACGUGUAUCAUCUGUUCCCGAGCACAUUUAAAAGGAGUACAACCACCGAAACAUAGGUGUUUUAAAAAUUUUCAAGGGCCUUCUACUGCAAUGGAAGCAUUAAUCAUAACAGAGGGUUUCAAAGAAUCUAUAGAAAGACAUGGACUCAUUUAUAAUCAGUAUGUAGCAGAUGGUGAUUCAAGCACAUAUGCUAGUAUCCGAAAUUCUAGGCCAUAUGAAAGUGUCACUGUGGGUAAAGUUGAGUGCAAAAAUCAUUUACUCAGAAACUAUUGCAAAGGGCUUUUAUCAAUAGCGAGCAACACUACUUAUCCCAUACGAGCCCGAAAGAUAUUAAAAGACAAUUAUUUGCGGAUACGAUGGGGAGUAGAUAGUAGCGUCAAAUAUUGGGUCAAGCAAAGUAUUCCGUUUUCCGAAAAAAUGAAAAAUAUAAAAGAUGACAUAAAUAAUGGUCCUUAUCACAUUUUUGGAGACCAUUCAAAAUGUGCAUCAUAUUUCUGUAACGAUGAAAUAAAAAAACGUACCGAAAAUAUGGUGCCAGAACUGAAAGCAAAUGGAGUGUUCCAAAAAAUUGAAGAUUUGGCUCAUCGUUUGUCGUUCCAUGCUUAUAGCUUCGUACACAACGAAACGAACAAUUUGGUGGAGAGCUUUAAUGCCAGAGUAGCGAAAUUUGUUGGCGGAAAAAGGGUAAAUUUUUCGCAACGGCGAUCAUAUGCUGGCCGCUGUGCCGCCGCUGUUAUAUCAUAUAAUUCGGGGGCCUUACAGUCAACUGUUCAUAAAUAUAUUUUUGGCACUGAAGCAAACCAUGAGAUAGUCCGAUUAGAAACCAUUCGUCAAAAAUUAAACGUGAAAAUAAUGGAAAAAAGGAUCAAAAAGCGAAAGGUUAUCAAGCAUACGACUAACAAGGACGUUCAUUAUGGCGAAGAGUGCCAAAAAGUUGACAUGGAUGAUAAACAAUAUGCAACAGCUAAAAGAGAAUUUUUGUUAAGAUUAGAAAUAACUCCUGAAGAAAAAGACAAGAUCGAACAAGACACAAUUUUACAAAGUGCUAGUCCUUUAUGGUUGGAAACCAGAAGGAAAUUACUCACAGCUUCAUGGUUUUCUACAGUAUGUAAACGGCGCCCAAGCUCCAAUUGUGCACCAUUAGUGAAACAAAUUUUAUAUGGAAAAGAUUUGGGUAAUGUACCAUCCAUCAAACAUGGUAAAGACAAUGAGUACACCGCACUACGCGAACUUGAACAAGUGUUACAAACGAACAUUUUGCAAUGUGGGUUGUCGAUUGAUAAAGAAAUUUCUUUUCUCGGUGCAAGUCCUGAUGGAAAGUGUGAACACGGUAUAGUCGAAAUCAAAUGCCCGUCAUCAGCAUAUGGAAUG